AUGAUUCGUCAAACUACAGCCAGAGGUACUAGCCAACCAGUCUCAUCAGGCAGUUCAGUACAAAACAAGAAAACAUCAGGUAAUCGUAGUUAUAGAACAGAUUUCAUUAAAUUUGGAUUUCAACGUUAUGAAAAUAAUAAAAUGGUUCAACCACAAUGCGUUGUAUGUGGAGAAAUUUUAGCCAAUGAAAGUUUAAAACCCUCCAAAUUAAAAAGCCAUCUUGAUACCAAACACCCAAAUUACAAAUGCAAUGAAGACCUAUUGUCACGGUACAGUUUCUGCUGCGAAGGCUUCAUAUUUAUUAGCAUAUUUGCUAAAAAUAAUAAACCUCAUACUAUUGGUGAAAAUCUUGUUCUGCCCGCUGCAAUAGAUUUAUGUACAGAAAUAUUAGGAAAAGAAGCGGCAAAUAAAUUAAAAACAAUACCAGCUUCAAAUAAUACUGUUCAGAGACGCAUUGUUGAUAUAAGCGAAAACAUAAAACAACAAUUAUUAAACAGAUUAAGCUCAAAGCCCAUGAAUCUAUUUUCUAUUCAAUUAGAUGAAAGUACAGACGUUCAAAAUAAAGCUAUAUUGUCUGUAUUUAUAAGGUAUUAUUAUGAUGAGAAUAUUCACGAAGAUGUUUUGUAUUGCAAUAGCUUGAGCACAACAACGACCGGUGCAGAUAUUUAUAGCUCUUUAGACAAUUUUUUUUUGGAAAACAAUAUUCAGUGGACAAACUGUGUAGGUGUAACUACUGAUGGUGCGGCAUCGAUGACGUGUAAACAUGUUGGUGUGGUACGACGUAUAAAAGAAGUACCUAGCCCCAGAUGCCGAAUGGACUCAUUUGAAUCUGUUAAAAUUAUUAAUUUUAUUAAAUGUGGAGCAUUAAAUGGUAGACUGUUUUACAAACUCUGUGAAGAAAAUGAACAAAACGUUAAAUCACUUUUACUUCAUUCAGAAGUACGUUGGCUUUCUCGAAGAAAAUGCCUAUUCAGACUAUUUCAACUUCGUCACGAAGUAUUAGAAUUUCUCGAUAGUAAAAAUUCCGAUUUUAAAAACUAUUUUUGUGACAGUAAAUGGCUAAUAAACGAGAUUCUAGAAGAAGACAACUCAGCGAAUGUCAAUGAUAUCAAAACAAUUAUUUCAUUGCAUUUAAAUCAAAUAUCAAUUGCAUUAAUAGUUAUUUCCCAAAAGAUAUUCGCGAAGAUUUCUAUUGAAGAGUUGAACUUCAAUACGCUUCUUGGAACUCAGAUUAUCGAACUUUCCUGUGAUAAAACUUAUGAAAAUAAAUUUAAAAAUGAAACUCUUGUAGAUUUUUGGUGUGCAGUAUAUAAUGAAUAUCCAGAACUUUCAAUUAAUGCAAUAAAAAAACUAUUACUUUUUCCAACCACUUAUUUGUGCAAAAAAGGAUUUUUACCAUGGCUAAUGUUAAAAUAA